CAUAGCUUUAACGUUCAGCAUUGUGGGCAGCUCCUCAUUGUAACAGGUUUCUACUAUUCGGCGGUUAUUUGUUGUCCUACAUGUCGUAACCCUGGAUAGCCUUUGAAUGACAAAAAUAUACAUGUAAAUAGUCAAAAGUAGGAUGCUUACAGCUGCCAGAACCGUGGAUAUCCCUUUCAUUACGAAAAACUGGUCAUAAUUAGGAUGUUUGCAGCUGGCGUGCGGAUUGUCAGGGCUGGUCAUGACCUCACUAACCCUCCCCUGUUCCCUCAAUGAGUCUCUCCCAGGAGCUCUGGCUGGUCGUCUUGUUUAUGGUGCAUUUCUGACGAUGGAAAUCUGAGUUCGGCUCUUUCUGGAACUACUGGUGUGUGUGUGUGAGUGAAGCGAGAGACCGGUGUAGCAAACGGGAAGACGCCGGGGCUUAGGACAUGGGGGGAAAUAAGAGCAAACCCAGAGACCUGGCCCAGCAUGCCCGGGGUUUGGAUUGCACAGUUAGCAUGAACAGCGGGGGUGGCAGCAGUGUCGGACAUCACUUCAGCUCGUGCCAGCAGAACUUCACACCCAACCGGACCCCUGCGGUGGACGGCUCGCGGCAUGGUGCCCAGAACAUCACCAAUAAUGCUGAGCUGCCCUUGUUUGGAGGAGUGCAGUCCAUGAACAGCCUCACAUCACCUCUUCAUAGCGCAUUAACAGCAGGAGGCGUGACUACUUUUGUGGCUUUGUAUGACUAUGAAUCACGCACUGCCUCUGAUCUGUCAUUCAGGAAAGGAGAACGGCUUCAGAUAUUCAACAACACGGAAGGAGACUGGUGGCUAGCCAGCUCACUGACCACAGGACAACGCGGCUACAUCCCCAGCAACUACGUCGCUCCUUCUGACUCCAUCCAGGCCGAAGAGUGGUUCUUUGGUAAAAUUACCCGUAGAGACUCGGAACGGUUGCUGUUGAGUCUUGAGAACAGAAGGGGAACUUUCCUGGUCCGAGAGAGUGAGACCACCAAAGGUGCCUACUGCCUGUCUGUCCUGGACUACGACAACGUUAAAGGGCUGAAUGUGAAGCAUUAUAAAAUCCGGAAGCUGGACAGCGGUGGCUUUUACAUUACCUCUCGCACGCAGUUUAAUAACCUUCAGCAGUUGGUCAGCCACUACCGCGAACAUGCUGAUGGAUUGUGCCACUGCUUGACCGAUGUGUGUCCAGUGCUGAAGCCACCACAGACUCAGGGUUUGGCUCGGGAUGCCUGGGAAAUCCCCCGUGACUCCCUGCGUCUGGACGUGAAACUGGGACAGGGCUGUUUUGGAGAGGUCUGGAUGGGCACGUGGAACGGGACGACGCGAGUGGCCAUCAAGACGCUGAAACCGGGCACCAUGUCUCCGGAAGCCUUCUUGCAGGAGGCUCAGGUCAUGAAGAAACUGCGACACGAGAAGCUGGUGCAGCUCUACGCUGUGGUGUCUGAAGAGCCCAUUUAUAUUGUCACUGAGUAUAUGAGCCAAGGUAGUCUGCUUGACUUCUUGAAAGGCGACAUGGGGAAGAUGCUGCGGUUACCUCAGCUUGUAGACAUGGCCUCACAGAUCACCUCUGGCAUGGCGUAUGUGGAGAGAAUGAACUACGUCCACCGGGACCUCAGGGCCGCCAACAUCCUGGUGGGAGAGAACCUGGUGUGUAAGGUGGCUGAUUUUGGCCUCGCUCGCCUCAUAGAGGACAACGAAUACACUGCAAGGCAGGGUGCCAAGUUUCCUAUAAAGUGGACUGCACCCGAAGCUGCUCUGUACGGUCGCUUCACCAUCAAAUCUGAUGUCUGGUCGUUUGGGGUUUUACUUACUGAGCUGGCCACUAAAGGCAGGGUGCCAUAUCCAGGCAUGGUGAACCGCGAGGUGCUGGAUCAGGUGGAGCGUGGCUACAGGAUGCCGUGCCCAGCAGAGUGCCCCGAAUCACUUCACGAGCUCAUGCUUACGUGUUGGAGGAAAGAACCUGAGGAGCGGCCCACUUUUGAAUACCUGCAGAGUUUCCUGGAGGACUAUUUUACCUCCACAGAGCCGCAGUACCAGCCGGGAGAAAACCUGUAAAGAAAAUCCAGUAGCGCCGUUUCAUCUGGGAGCAGGAGAGAGGAUGGAGGAUGGAGGCUUUCUGUACCGCGCUCCUUAAAGACAGCAUGAGUGUUUAACGUGACCGUUUACGUGCACGCCGAAUUCCAACCGAGUGCUGCGGCUAGGUAAUCAAUAGCAGGCUGGACGAUGGAUGAGCUCAGCCAGAGAGAAUCAGGGGCCUUGUUAAACCGCUUUCUUUAAGAAGACACCAGGUGCUACGCGACCACUCACUCGCACGGCGAAACGAGAGAACGGCUGCUUUCACCAGUUUACGUAAUGAACGAAAAUUGACCGCACAUAAGUACUGAACAUUUCAAAUCACGUCUUGACAUCACGUAAACAUAAUCGCGUUUUUAAAGUCCGCCGAAGCUGAAGGAUUCUGGAGGCGGGGCCAAAUCAGCUGUUAAAGCUGACAUAAGCGUGAGGUUACAGUUAAAUGAAUUAAAGGAAAAGGCAACCACUUCUUUUUUUUUUUUUUUUUUUUUUUUUUUUUUUUUUUUUUUUUUUUUAAACUCCAAAAUAUUUCACACAUGUUCAUUGUUGUAUAUUAUGCGUUCCGCGGUUUUAAAUAGCUACGCAACAAUUUAAAGACGUCGUCACACGUUGAUUUGUUUUUAACAAUAGCAUGCAUUUGCUAUAUUUCCGAGUUGUGGUAACCGACUCUGAGGCGGAAGGUGGCUUGAGAAGAAUGAGAGGCCGUGCUUUACCUUUCUCCUUAAAGAGAACAAAAGCAUUGUUACAGUUCAUUGCACAGCUCUUAGAAUGGUUACCACAAAAUAACAUCAUCAUCUUCACCUCCUAUAAAAGACUAACAGAGAAGUCGUUAUGGUUACUUCUCAUUUGCUCUACUGUUUUGGUAGGUCAGUGAAGAUCACUCAUCAGCUCCUAUUUCAACCACGCCUUUGUUAAACUCUCUGCAUAUACUCCAGAUAUGUCACUCUUCCUCUCACUGACCCCCCAUCUCAUGCUCCAGCAACUCCACCGAGUCCUCCAUCCUGUUCACUCCAUUCACACCCUAUCAACAUCCUUUUAUUUUUCUUAUAAGAUAUAAAAACCCAUCAGGCGACUGGAGAAGGACCCUUUAAGACCGAAUUUUAUUUGAUAGUUUUCUUAUCAGUUAGGAGGCAUCUUAAACCGUCACCAGUCUUCCAAUGCACAUCUGAUUGAACUCCUUUCAAUGUUGCCGAAAAGAUGACGCCCUAUCUGCUGUCCCCUACUUCCUGACCUGGGAUCGGUCGAAUAAGGACAAAGACUGUCGAGCAGCAAUCAGUUUUGAAUCACACUGACCAGAUCGUAUGGCAGAUGGAAUGCAGUCGUAGUGAGAAGUCCAAUGACGUGUUCUAGACCAAACACCAAAAUGAAACAAAGCAGCUGCCUUUAAUACAGCUUUCUGAAUAUUUUAUUAUUAUUUUUCCUGAUUUCUUUCCUAUAGCUAAUAUUACGUUUGACUCUUCUGAUAUUAUCCAGUGUUUUCUGAUAGGACUCAUAUCUACUGAUGGUCUUUUACACCUGUGUAGUUUUCUGCUUUUUUUUUUUUCCUUCUGUUUUAUAUAUAUAUAUUAUAUAUGUGUGUAAAUGGUAUUUUUAUUGAUGAUAUCAAUUGUUAUCAGAUUGUAAUUUGUAGUUUAGUCUGAACUGUAAGUUAGGAACAUCAACCUCCUCAAAUCACCAAAUGACGUGGCUUUUGGCCUACGGUAUGUAAAGUGUCGAGUGUUUUGAGGCUAGUAUUGUCCAGAGCCGGUACCACGGUCUUAAAAAGCAGGAAAGACUUUUAAUCUCGUCUCAUGUUUAGCGCCACGAUGUUUUGCUAAUUAACACCGCGUAUGCUUUCCGAAGGCCGACAGUAGGAUAGCGUUUGACUUGAAAUGUAUACAUAGCCGACACACGUCAUUCUAUACAUCACUGGACUUCUGAUUAUAUACAAACAUAAGGCAGUGUGUUAUGUCCAGCCUUCUUCCUUAAUUUGCCUCUGAGGUGUUCUGUUUUGUUGUGAGUUUAAAAAGGUUUGUCGGAUCGUCGGGCGUAUUUAUGCAUAAGGGUGGUGAUUUGGAUCUGUGAAUAGUACUCGUCGGGGAGUAGGUAGUCGCUCGUGCACUGUUUUCUGUUCGCGUUUCUCACUUUUGAGUGCUCUCAUGACACUGGACAGUUUGUUGUAAAUACUUUCUAGUGUAAAUAUUUCACGGCGUUCAGAUUAUCCGUUUUUAAUGGUCUCUUACGAUUGCCUCGACCACUCUGAAAUCCCGCGCGAAGGAGUGGUUUUUCGAGAAACUGGUCAAACGUCGGCAAUUUGCUUAAGAGAUCAGGUGUCUGCGCAACCACUCGCUUCACUCACUUCACUAAAUUCCUUUUUUUAAGGAAGAGAUCCGGCACUGAGAUUUGAUCUGGGUUAAUGUGGUAAUAUGCAUGGUUGGGUGAUGGUUAGUUAUUUGACUAGCUGAUAAUCAUCAUCACAGCCUUACAUUUUCAAAUUUGUUCUAUUUUUGUCUACUAUUCCUACAUUUUAAAGUAAACAGGCUUUUCAAGAUGCUGUUGUCUGCUCAUAUGGCAAUGAUGUAAUCGGCCUAUGCAGUUUUUCCUCCUGCCUUUUUUUUCCACCUUUUUUUUUUUAUUUUUUAAACAGCAUUUUCUAUUGUACAGCUCUGUUACGCCACGACCUGUUCCAUAUAAAGACUUUGCAAUGGGAGAUGUAUUCUUCAACUGUUGAUACAUUAUCUUUUCUAAGUGCAAUAAAGUACAUUUUUAAAGUUUG